AUGGCUGACGACCAAGACCUUUCGGAGGUGGAGAUGAGCCCAGUGGGCUCUGAAGACCACCACUGCCUCUCGCCAGGACCCUCCAUGGCGUCGGACAACUCCCCGUCACCUCCCCGGCUCGGGAACGGGGAGAUGGGGAAGGUCAAGAAGGAACAGCAAGACUCAGAGGCGGACGACGACAAGUUCCCGGUGUGCAUCCGCGAGGCAGUCAGCCAGGUGCUGAGCGGCUAUGACUGGACCCUGGUACCGAUGCCCGUCCGGGUCAAUGGAAGUAACAAGAGCAAACCCCAUGUCAAGCGGCCCAUGAACGCCUUCAUGGUCUGGGCACAGGCUGCCCGGAGGAAACUGGCUGACCAGUACCCGCACCUCCACAACGCUGAGCUCAGUAAGACCUUGGGGAAGCUCUGGAGGCUGUUGAACGAAAGCGACAAGCGGCCCUUUAUCGAAGAGGCGGAGCGGCUGAGGAUGCAGCACAAGAAGGACCAUCCUGAUUACAAGUACCAGCCCCGCCGGCGGAAAAACGGCAAGGCCACGCAGGGCGAGGGUGAAGGCCAGGUGGAGGGGGAGGCUGGCGGGGCUGCCGCCAUCCAGGCCCACUACAAGAACGCCCACCUGGAUCACAGGCAUCCCGGCGAAAGGUCGCCCAUGUCCGAUGGUCAUCCAGAACACUCCUCAGGUCAGAGCCACGGGCCUCCCACACCUCCUACCACCCCUAAGACCGAGCUGCAGGCAGGCAAAGCCGACUCCAAACGAGAAGGGCGUUCCCUGGGGGAAGGGGGAAAGCCACACAUUGACUUUGGCAAUGUGGACAUCGGGGAGAUCAGCCAUGAAGUGAUGUCCAACAUGGAGACCUUUGAUGUCAAUGAAUUUGACCAAUACCUGCCGCCCAACGGACAUGCCAGCCACCCAGGCCAUGUUGGGGGCUACGCGGCAGCGGCUGCUGCUGGCUAUGGCCUCGGGAGCGCCCUGGCUGCAGCCAGCGGACACUCGGCCUGGAUCUCCAAGCAGCACGGAGUCUCCUUGUCCACUGCCACCUCAUCGGUGGUGGACUCCAAGGCCCAGGUGAAAACGGAGGGGUCCGCCCCUGGAGGUCAUUACACCGACCAGCCCUCCACUUCCCAGAUAGCUUACACAUCCCUGAGUCUGCCCCACUACGGUUCGGCCUUCCCCUCCAUCUCCAGGCCACAAUUUGACUACCCGGACCACCAGCCCUCGGGACCCUACUACAGCCAUUCCACCCAAGCCUCUGGCCUCUACUCUGCCUUCUCCUAUAUGGGACCUUCCCAACGUCCCCUUUACACUGCCAUCUCUGACCCUGCACCCUCCGUGCCACAGUCCCAUAGCCCCACACAUUGGGAACAACCUGUGUAUACGACUCUCUCCAGACCGUAG